CUUCUCACUACCAAAAAAAAAAAAAAAAGCAGCCUUUUAGACCUCUCACUAAUUUAUAUACCACUACUUCUCUUCCACAUUUUUUCCUCCUCCCCUGUCUUUCUGCAUUUUCAUAGUCAACCAACCAUGAAUUUCAAGAAAUCCUCAACCUUCCUCUCUUGUAUUGUCUUCAUACUUCUUCCUUCACUAAUCACAUCACAAUCUUGUCAAAAAACCUGUGGCAAUAUACCAAUCAAAUACCCUUUUGGCAUUGGCCCUGGAUGUGGCGAUCCUCGAUUUCAGCCUUAUGUUAUCUGCAACAACCAACAACUCUCCUUCAAGACUCACACCGGGUGCUAUCCUGUUACUUCCAUAGACUUCAAUCACCAAGUUAUGUACAUUAGUGACCCUUCUAUGUCAACAUGUGCUUGUACACAACCAAGUAAAGGAUUUAGCCUAGACGCGAACGCGCCUUUUAGCUUUCAUGAUGACACAGUUUUUGCUCUUCUUGAUUGUGCAACAGAUUCUUCACCAAUUUAUAAGUCCAAUGGAGGGGUCAAUUCGACUUUCCCUAUGUGUGAUUCUCAGGGUGCACCUGUUUGUAGUCUUUUGUAUUCUUGUCAAGCUAUUAGUAGACUUAAUCUCCCAAUUUCGACUUGUUGUGUUUAUACACCUGUUGAUCUUGGACCGGCGUUUGAGAUGGAUUUGGAGAAGUUGCAUUGCUCAUCUUACUCAGCUUUAUAUGGUUUUAGUGGCCAAGAAUUGAAUCCACAGGCCUGGAAAUAUGGUGUGGGAUUAAAGUAUAAGUUCAAUUUCAACAAUGAUUAUCCUGAUAUGUGUGCUAGUUGUGAAAAGAGUAAUGGUGUUUGUGGAUAUGGAGGGCCUUAUAAUUCAUUUCUUUGCAAUUGCCCUAGUGGAUUCAACACGACGAACGAUUGUUUCCUUGGAUCAUCUUGGAGUAACAAUUUUAGAAACGUUCCAUGGCACACUGGGAUUUUGUUGAUUAACGCGCUGGGAUGGUUCAUCGUUUUGGCGUUGAUGUAGGCAGGAAUGAUCAAAGUGAACUGAUUCAAGGAUAUUGACAAGAAAUCUUGUUGUUUAAUGUUUAAUUGAUUUAUGGAGAAUCCUUAAUCUCCUUGGUUUGUUGUGAAAAUCUGAAAUAAUGCUCAAGAAAAGAGGGAGGUGAAUGCAAAAGGAUGGAUUUUCUAUUUGAUCAUUCUGUAAAUGUUGUAUUACAUUAUGCCUAUGAUCUUUUCAAUUUUGUAAAAUCUGAAUUCUCUU